GGGUUUGGCCAUGGUCAGACUCUGCUCUAUAAAAAUGUCAUUCCCUUCAGACUGUACUCACUGCAACAGCAGCUUGCAGUGAGAAGAAAUCUGAGUCAGCAUCUGUUAGACGUCCUUCUUCACCACAGCAGGUAAAGUACAAGGAAAUAACCUCAGUACAGAGCUGAAAUGAUGAACCAAAGGAGACUCCCCCCUCUGUUCCUCACUGUCAUCCUCUGCCUCUCACCAUGGCCCACCUCUGGAGACACGUGCACCGACGACUGUCCAUUAAAACAUUUCACCUCCGAUCAUGAUGAGCAGUGUUAUGACGGCUGUGAAGAGCGAGGGUACGACUACCACUGGUGCCACUCCACAAAGGGCUGGGGUUACUGCUCCCCAAGAAAAGAUGUUGAUGACAAAGGCAACGCCUGUGAUGAAGACUAUCCCUGUAACAAAUAUGGAGGAGAUUAUUACUCGUGUCGCCUGAAGAAAGGAGGCUGGGGCAGAUGUGGCCGAGUGGAGUCAAAGACAACGAUUCAUCAAACCAUAAAUCUGAAGGACUGCACUGACGACUGUCAGUAUCAUGAGUCUGGGAAGUACUUCUGGUGCCACACUGAAGAUGGCUGGGACUACUGCUCUUCUAAUCCAGACCACACCUACAAAGAUGUGACCUGUCGCCCAAAUCACAAGUGUGGAGCCUAUGGCCAAACUUACAGCUGGUGCUACACAACAGACAACGAUGACUGGGAUUACUGUGGACUCAUCAGUACCAGAGAGUGCAAAUGUUCCCCACAACACCGCACCAAACGGGCACCUCCUCGAAGUGAGAUCAGGAGUAGGAUGGACCAGAAUGGGAGACAGAUCACUUUCUAUGAUGAAGGAGGCCAAAAUGCCAUUAGACAAUCCGAUGGCUACUUAGAGGAAGCACUUGAUUUGAUUAACCGAUGGCAACCAGCCCUUGGCACGCGGCCCAGGUCCAACUUGAUUACGUCGGAUAAUCUUCGCAUUGACCUACAGAGCACCUUUGGUAAUUUUUAUAACCUGCAAAUCCAGAUUAACGGGCAACGUCCGUCUGGAGGAAGCAGCACUAUAGCACAGAUCAUUGUUCAGGAUGGUACUACAGAUAACGAAAUGCGUGAGGCAUUCAGGGACAGUUUAGAACGCAGAGCCAGGGUCAGAGUGGAAAUUACCCGACCGUCCACCUCCUCAAACAACAACCGACCAUCAAACAACAACCGACCGUCCACCUCCUCAAACAAAAACAGAAAAAAGGGAAAAUCAGGUUAACAGUAAUAUCACUCAAACAUAUGCAGCUAAUGAUUAAUGAGUAAGUUAGCAUGAAGCAUGACGCGCUGUAUUAGCAAACAUUAUGUCUUUAUCAGUUGCUGAAUGAGUCAUUCAGAACCAGACGUUUCAUCAGAUAAUGAGCUUGCAUUAUUCUAUUUUAAUUAUUUUGCUGACUUUGUGAAAAAAAAAACCCUUUGUACCGUGACAUUUCUGAAGAUUACUCUUUUCCAGAUAUAACUGUAAGUAUAUGGCCAUUUCUUAAGUCAAUCAGCUCCUAAUUAACUAAGCCUUGAUUCUGUUCUCUUUUAAAUGUGAUUUCAUAUCUUCUUAAGGUCUAGUUUUUUAUAUAUAUCCAUGGCUCUGUGAAGAAUGGCUUCGUAUCUAAACAGUGAUAUAUAAAUAAAGCUGCCUUGCUGAAGCACAUUACAAUACUGGUCAUCAGAUUAAAACUGUGUAAUUGUACUUUGAAUCAGUGUCCAAAGUCAAUAUACUGUAAAAACAGAAAUAUGCUUGAUAUGCAAUAAACAUGACAAGUUUGGAAAACAAAUAUCAA